AUGAACGCAGCUGCAGAUGAAGCCGCCGACACUGGACAGCCCACCACCAAAUACUAUUUUGCCUAUGGCAGCAACCUUCAUCUACAGCAGAUGAAAAAGAGAUGUCCUGGAAGCAAAUUCAUCGGUUCUGCGAAGCUCGUAGACUACAGAUGGCAGAUCAACGAGCGUGGCUAUGCCAAUGUCAUUGAGGCACAAGGCCAUUGGGUCGAAGGCUUGGUCUACGAGAUCAAUGCCCGCGACGAAGCUCGUCUUGAUAUCAACGAAGGCGUCUCCAAGGACGCGUACAGAAAAAAGUACAUGACUGUCAUGCUACGGCGUGCUGAUGCUGCAUUGUACCGUCGGCCUGUGUCUUGGAUUGUGAACAACGGCGGUCCAGACCAAGCGCGACACCUGGUUCAGCAGAGCAACGGCCAAAGCAGAAUUGUCAGCUAUAAGCCCCAUUUGGAACACAACAUCUUGGUUUACGUUAGUCCAAGAUACAUUGUCGACAGCGAGCCCAAGGAGGAAUACAUAAACCGAAUCAAUCUAGGAGUUGCCGACGCCAGAGCACUGGGAGUUACCAACGACUAUAUUAGCAACUGGAUCCGGCCUUUCGUCCCAUCCUCAUCUAAUCACAACUCAGGGCCAAGCGGAACAGGAGCAAAUACUACGGCAGUUAAUAAGCCAAAAGUUGUGAGAAAGGUUGUGUCUCCCCCAAAGAAAGCCAAGCAACCUACUCGCACGGGAAGGGAACCGUCGCCAAACAAAACGGCCAGCCCCAGACCUUCACAGCAGCAGCAGCCUCAGUCUCCUGGGGCUUAUGGUCAACGUUCAGGAAGAACCACUGCAUCUAAUGUUAAUGGCUUUGAGCGGCUCGCGCGACCUCCGCAAUCACGUUCUCAUGCAGUACCAGCACCACCGCUUCCCCCACGUCCCGGAGCUUACCCCGGAGGUACUCUGCAGGUCCCUGGUACUAACCGGCGACGACCCGCAUCAGACGUUGGAGCGCCGCCGCCUCCCUUGCCCCCUCGACCUCGUCGAGUACGGAGCAUACCAGUCAUUGUUACUCAGGAAGGUUUUGGCGGUUACUGGUAUCGAUAA